AUGAAUAACCUGAACAUCGUCUCUGACCGUCCAUCAGUCCAUCUUUCCUUCAGCGGCUCUGGAAAGCAGGCCAAAGUGUCCAGGGUACGAUCCUCAUCACUCAGGUGCACUGGAACUACAUUAAGAAGCACAUGGGAGCUUAACGGAAGACUUAUUCAAGAAGAACCUGUCCGAGGAGAAAUUCGUAAAGCAACUCCUUCCUCAGCUGAGGAGGUACUGAUGUCUAUGAUGAUGAAGAGAAUAAAGACUGCAGAGCGUGUGCAGCAUGGCUAUGAGGCAGACGAGGACAACUCCAGCACGUCAACUCUGCAUCAUAAGUAUGACGCCAGGGGAAGUCUUGCUGCCCGCGGGAACAAAGAGGGCUUUCAGCACCAGCUGAAGGAGACUCAGAAGACGCUCCAGCAGAGAAUCCAGCAAAGAGAGAAAGAUCUCCAGCGGCUGAGAGAGACUGUGGAGUCUCAUAAGCGCUCUGCACAGACAGCAGUGGAGGACAGCGAGAAGAUCUUUACUGAGAUCAUCCGCUCCAUUGAGAGAAGACGCUCUGAGUUGAUAGAGCUGAUCAGAGAUCAGGAAGAGCAAGCAGUGAGUCGAGCUGAAGGACGACUGGAGCGACUGGAGCAGGAGAUCAAUGAUCUGAGGAGAAGAGACGCUGAGCUGGAGCAGCUUUCACACACACAGGAUCACAUCCAGUUCCUGCAGAUGAACCAGAGAAAGACGGUUUCCGGUCUCUCUCGGCUCCUCCUAAAUCUAGACGUAAAUGAUCUCUGCAGUUCUGUCUUCUCUUUGGAUGAUUUGAGAGAAUCUGUUCAUCAGCUGAGAGACAAACUGGAGGAUUUCUGUAAAGAGCAGCUCAAGAAGAUCUCAGACAGAGUCACAUUCAACAUUGUUCCCAGAACCAGGAAUGACUUCCUACGAUAUUCCCGUCAGUUCACUCUGGAUCUGAACACAGUGAAUAAACACCUCCGUCUGUCCGAGAACAACAGAGUGAUUACUAACACUGACACAGAUCAGCCGUAUCCUGAUCAUCCAGACAGAUCUGAAGGUGUGUGUCAGGUGUUGUGUAGAGAGAGUGUGUGUGGACGCUGUUACUGGGAGCUGGAGUGGAGUGGAGAUGUGUUUAUAUCAGUGUCAUAUAAGAGCAUCCGCAGGAAGGGACGAGGUAAUGAGCGUUGGUUUGGAUCUAAUGAUCAGUCCUGGAGUUUGUUCUGCUCUCGCUCCAGAUACUCAUUCAGACACAAUAACAUAGAGACUGCUCUUGCUCUGAAACCCAUCAGCAGUAGAGUAGGAGUGUAUGUGGAUCACGGAGCAGGAACUCUGUCCUUCUUCAGCGUCUCUGACUCAAUGAGCCUCAUCCACACAGUCCAGACCACAUUCACUCAGACGCUCUGUCCUGGGUUUAGUUUUUAUAUUAAAUCCUCAGUGAAACUGUGUUGAUGAAUCAGAAUAGACUAAAGUGAGAUUAAUAAUUCUUUGAGCUGCAUGAUAAAUCAGUAACAUUGAGAUGUUAUAGGGGUCUACCUUUCUCUCUUUAUUUUUAAUUGCUUACACACUAAAAGCUGUGAUGUGGGUGAAAUUAUGCUUAUUUUUUUAUUUUUUUUUUUGUCUCCACAAAUGUUUUAUAUGCUAAUCAUUUGAUGUUUGUGUGUAGUUACAAAACAAACUUAAAGCAGUUUUGAAAGAAAUGUAUGCUAUCUCAAGAGAUGCAUGACGUUAUGUGCAUGUUUUGUGUGUUCAGAGAGAAUAAGCCUUAGUUUCAGAAACAAGUUUAAAUAAAUCUGUAAUA